AGGAGACAAGCAAGAAGUGAGUACACAGGUAAUAAUGUUAAGACCAAGAUGUUAGAUAACUCGACGUACGCGUGUACUACCAAGAUCUAGCGCCGAAUAAAAUCUGAUUUUUCGUAGGUUAUGCGAACCUGUUUAUGACGUCAGGUUCCAGCGACCAAUGGAAUUGUAAUACCACUUUCUCACUACCUUCACUAAAAACAGAUCAAAGUACUCUCUUUGGUAUUUGGUCGGUAGAGAAAUUGGUUUUGAUUAACUAAAACCAGUUGACUAUCGUGUAUACAAUGUGAUACAUCGUAUAGACGGAUUUAAUAUCCAGCGUGUAAAAUAUUCCAUGUAAAAAAAUCGUUUGUUUUUUUUUCUUUCGUGGUGAUUGGGCCUUUUUCGAAACCAUGUGAAGUGUUUAUAUACUUAAUUGUGCGUUUGGUGUUCUUUUCUAUAAUUUUUUUUAUUAUAAAUUUAAUAUGUGCAAGUUUAAUUAUUACAUACAAUUCAACUUCAACAUCUUAUCAUCGUGUUAUCAACGGUGCUCUAUGAAUUUCAUUUCAUCAACCUGUUUAAUGGACUAAUCGAAUAGAUCAAUAAUAAUGGCAGUCCUGAGACCUAGUCAAAGCUCAUUAGCUGCUCCAGUAAUGAGAGACAGCGAUAAAGAAUUUUCAGACGAUGACGACGAAAAUUCGCCAUUAAAUCAAGACAUAUACGGCGGAAGCACGAGAACUGUGAACGAAACAAAAGGAUGGGACGUGUUCAGAGAUUUACCCCCAAAACGGGACAGUGGUUCGAUGGAAAGUCAAAAAUGCCUAGAAUUCACUGUAAGAAUUCUGAAAAUCUUCACCUACGUCGUCACUUUUGCUGUAGUUCUAGCCUGUGGUGUGGUGGCCAAAGGUUGUGUAUUCCUUAUGGCAUCGCAAAUCCGCUCAGAUAGAGUUGUUCCUUAUUGUAAUAAAGAUUUAGGUCGAGAUAAACAAUAUGUGGUCAAUUUACCACCAGAAGAACGAGUAGCGUGGACUUGGUGUCUGCUGUUUGUUUUUUUUGUUCCUGAAUUAGGGACCUUGAUAAGGUCGUUAAGAAUAUGCUUUUUCAAAUCAUGGAGGCGACCAUUUUUAAAAGAUUUUGUAUUCGUUUGCGGUAUGGAGACACUGCACACAAUAGGUGUAGCGUCUUUAGUAUUCAAUGUGCUUCCUAGUCUUGAUGUAGUAAAAGGUGCCAUGAUAACAAAUUGUUUAUGCUUUAUUCCUGCUUUUUUAACUCUCACUUCAAGAAACACUAGAGGUGUUUCAACUCGUUCAGAGAAAUCAGAAUUAUAUGCAAAAAUAGCUAUGGAUGUAAUAGCAGUAGGGGCUCAAACGACAGGAUUUGUAAUUUGGCCAUUGUUGGAGAAGGAACGAGACCCAGUUGAAUUAAUAAUCAUCCCAAUCACCUUAUUUUUAGUCUCGUGUGGUUAUUGGGAGAACUAUGUAACCAAAUAUUCACUUUUUGGUUUAAUGAGACCUUUAUGGCGUGUAAAGGAUAGACUUAAACAUACCAGAUAUUUUUCAUACAUUUUCAUUUCAAUAUGGAAAAUGUUCUGCUUCUUUUGCUGUAUGAUUGUGUUCACAUUCUUGAAAAAUGAAAAUGUUACCAAUUUAUUCUCACUAUACUCAGCCGGAUUUUCAGAACAUAAAAUCAAAGUUCUUGAGAUCAAACCUGUUGGAAAUGGACUCACCCUACCUGAUCUCGCAGAAAUAGUUCCAACUGGAGAAACUAUUGAGGUUGAUGCCGAUUAUAACAUCAUUAUAUAUGUUUUACUGGCUCAAAUUUUCUGUGCUUACUUCUGCUACAUUUUUGGAAAAUUUGCUUGUAAAAUAAUGAUCCAAGGAUUCAGUUACGCAUUUCCAGUCAAUUUAACCAUUCCAGUAACAUUAUCUUUGCUGAUUUCUGCAUGUGGUCUAAGGCAUGAAGAUCCUUGCUUCUUCCACAAUUCCAUUCCUGAUUACCUUUUCUUCGAAUCACCUCCAGUGUACUUCUUGAAUGAUUUUAUAUCAAGACAGUACGCUUGGGUAUGGCUGCUCUGGCUGUUGUCACAAACUUGGGUAACAUUGCACAUCUGGACACCGAAAUGCGAACGUCUAGCUACCACUGAAAAAUUAUUUGUUCGACCUAUGUACGACUCGUUACUAAUUGACCAAUCACUAGGAUUGAACAGAAGAUGCGAUGAUGAGAAAGAUGUCAAAACAGAGGAAUUGGUGGAUCGUGAAAAGGAUCCAGAUGAAUACUAUGAAACAAUAUCCAUUCAUACAGAUACCAGUAGUACUACCCCUAAAACAGUUAAAAAAUCUGACAGCAUUACCAGAAUAUAUGCCUGUGCUACCAUGUGGCACGAAACCAGGGAAGAAAUGAUGGAAAUGUUGAAAUCCAUCUUACGUAUGGAUGAAGAUCAAUGUGCCAGACGUGUAGCUCAAAAGUAUCUGCGAGUAGUUGAUCCUGAUUAUUAUGAAUUUGAAACUCAUAUCUUUUUGGAUGAUGGAUUUGAGAUCAGUGAUGUCAAUGAUGAGUGGAGUCAGGUGAACAGAUUUGUGAAAAUGUUGGUAACAAUUAUAGAUGAAGCUGCAACGCAUGUGCAUGAAACCAAUAUCAGAAUAAGACCACCUAUCAAGUACCCCACUCCUUAUGGCGGUCGCUUGGUAUGGACUUUGCCAGGAAAAACUAAAAUGUUUGUUCAUUUGAAAGACAAAUCAAAAAUCAGGCAUAGAAAACGAUGGAGUCAAGUAAUGUACAUGUACUAUUUACUUGGUCAUCGACUUAUGGAACUGCCAAUACCAGUAGAAAGAAAAGAGGUUAUGGCAGAGAACACUUAUCUGUUGACUUUGGAUGGAGAUAUUGAUUUUCAACCAAAUGCUGUCCAGUUAUUAGUAGAUUUAAUGAAGAAAAACAAAAAUUUAGGAGCUGCUUGUGGUCGAAUUCAUCCUAUAGGUUCUGGUCCAAUGGCUUGGUAUCAAGUUUUCGAAUAUGCUAUUGGUCAUUGGCUUCAAAAAGCUACUGAACACAUGAUUGGUUGUGUACUAUGUAGUCCAGGAUGUUUCUCAUUGUUUCGAGGAAAAGCUCUCAUGGACGAUAAUGUCAUGAGGAAGUAUACCACAAAAUCUCAAGAAGCUCGUCAUUAUGUUCAAUAUGAUCAAGGAGAGGAUCGUUGGCUGUGCACAUUACUUUUACAAAGAGGCUACAGAGUUGAAUACUCUGCUGCUAGUGACGCUUAUACUCGCUGCCCUGAAAACUUCAACGAAUUUUAUAAUCAAAGACGUCGAUGGGUGCCAUCUACUAUAGCUAAUAUUAUGGAUCUUUUGAUGGACUCUAAAAGAACCAUCAAAAUUAAUGAUAACAUUUCAUUGCUCUACAUCACUUAUCAAUUCAUGUUGAUGGGUGGUACAAUUCUUGGUCCUGGCACAAUAUUUCUUAUGUUGGUGGGUGCUUUUGUAGCAGUUUUCCACAUUGACAACUGGACUAGUUUUUAUUACAACAUAAUUCCAAUUUUAUCCUACAUGUUUGUGUGUUUCACUUGCAAAAGUAAUAUCCAGUUACUAGUUGCUCAAAUAUUAUCAACAGUUUAUGCAUUAAUAAUGAUGGCUGUAAUAGUGGGUACAGCCUUACAAUUACGAGAGGAUGGUAUUGGUUCUCCUUCCGCCAUAUUCUUAAUAUCCAUGUUGAGUUCAUUUUUCAUAGCAGCAUUACUUCAUCCUCAAGAAUUCUCUUGCAUAAUAUUUUUCAGCAUUUAUCUGCUAUCUAUUCCUUCCAUGUAUCUGCUAUUGAUUCUCUACUCUAUAAUCAAUUUAAACAUUGUAACUUGGGGUACUCGUGAAGUUCAAGUGAAAAAGACCAAAAAAGAACUAGAAUUGGAGAAAAAAUUAGAGGAGGAAGCAAAACGGAAAGCAAAAUCUAAAUCUCUACUAGGAUUCUUGCAAAAUAACCCAAUGAAUGAAGAUAAUGAAGAAGGCUCUUUGGAAUUAUCCUUUGCUGGACUAUUCAAAUGCAUGUUCUGCACUCAUCAAAAACCUAUUGAUGAAAGGCAACAAAUUCUUCGAAUAGCAGAAUCUCUAGAUUCAAUGAAUAAACGAAUGGAAUAUAUUGAAAGAGCUGUAGAUGGGCAUGGGCAUCCGGGUCCAAAACAUCGCACUCCCUCAACAGUCAGCGCUCCACAUGCCAACAUUGGAGUUGGAAUACAAAGUGAUGAAAUUCCAGAAGAAAGCGAUGAUGAUGAUGACAGUGAUGACACCAAUUCAUUAGAACCAAAAAUUGAACGUAAUGAUGACAUGAAUCCAUAUUGGAUAGAAGAUAAAGAUUUGAAAAAAGGUCCCGUUGCUUUUCUUUCUGCAAAUGAAUUACAAUUUUGGAAAGAACUGGUUGAAAAAUAUCUCUACCCAAUUGAUGCAGAUAAAGUUGAAGAGGCUAGAAUAGCAGCCGAUUUAAUCGAGCUACGAAACAAGUGUGUGUUUGCGUUUUUCAUGAUGAACGCAUUAUUCGUACUUGUUGUAUUUUUGUUGCAACUCAACAAAGAAGACCUACAUGUUAACUGGCCUUUAGGUGUUAGAACAAAUAUCACCUAUGUUGAGGAAACCAAUGAGGUAUUAAUCAGCAAAGAAUAUCUACAACUCGAGCCAAUCGGAUUGGUAUUUGUAUUCUUCUUCGCCUUCAUUUUGAUAAUCCAAUUCACAGCCAUGAUUUUCCAUCGUUUCGGUACCCUAUCGCAUAUCUUGGCUUCUACAGAACUGAACUGGUUCAGAAAGAAGAAGGAUGAUUUAACCCAAGACGGCAUCUUGGAUAAACAAGCAGUUGACAUAGUUCGACAUCUUCAACGUUUGAAAGGAAUAAAUGGCGACUAUGAGAACGAUUCUGGAUCCAGCGGUGACCGAAACGUAGGACGAAGACGAACAAUUUACAAUUUGGAGAAACAGAAGCAUAAAACACGUACAAUUGGUACAUUGGAUGUAGCGUUCAGAAAACGGUUCUUACAGAUGAAGAUGGAAGGCGAUGGAGAAGCCGGAAAUGAUACUCCGGUACUUGGCCGAAAGUUAACAAUGAGACGAGAAGUACGAGAAGCUUUGGAAGUCAGACGAAAAUCCUUACAAGCCGAACGUCGGAAAUCCCAGAUGCAGACAUUGGGAGCAAAUAAUGGUUUCGUGAACAAUGUGACUAGAAAUCAUAGAUUAUCUUCCUCGGCGGGGGUAAACGUCAAGGAUAUAUUUGGUGGUCAUCAAAAUCCAUCUUACGAACAUGAUGAAAGCCCCAGCGAACAUAAUUUAGUCCGUUUACAAAGUCUGCCGAGGAACACCGUCAAUUGGGCUGAAAUGGAACGGAAUAAUAAUUGACGAAUUAAAAGAUUCCUACUAAUUAAUUAAUUUACUUAACGCCAUAUCGCAUCGAUCAAUGAUGUUAAACUAAAUAAACCUUGUGAUAGAUGAAAUUAUUAGUUAAACGAUUUAGAAUCGUAUCCUUUUGUAUUUUAUUAAUAAGUUAUCGUAGGUACAAAGCUAUCUACUACCUAAUGUGUAAUAAUACUCAUCAAUUUCAUUUAAAAUGAAAUUAAUGACAGAUAGAGAAGAAUCAAUCUUGACAACGCGAUAUUUUUACCUUCAUGUUAUUUUAUAUAAGUCGAUUUACUUAAAUUUUGUUACUUCUUAUUAGUUGAUUCGUUUUGAAUAAAAAAAAAUACCUACUAAGUAUGUAGAAAAAUUCAUGUAGCAAUAACAUGACACUUGUUAAUUUUAUAGCAUGAUUUUUUGUAUAAUUUUACCUAUUCGUUUUUUUAUAUUUUGUAUUAUUUUUGUAAAUCUUGUUUAAUUUGAGAAAUUGUUUCGAAUCAACAUCCAAUUGAACAAAUCAAUUACCAAUAAAAAUUAGAAAAUCUA